AUGGUGAAUCAACGAAAAAAGCAGGUGCUGUUCCACAACAACACGCCUUCGCCCCCGGCUACUCCAGAGCCCCGUGGGUUACCAAUGCCCACGGUGGAGCGUGGGUGGCUUACUAUUCCCUACCACCAUUUGGCAGUGCUUGCGUUCAUGUUUCGGCAAGGCCUCACUACUUCAGUUCAAGCGACAUUACUUCAAGGGCUUUUUACGCUUAUUCCACUCCAGUUGGCCUACAACUAUCUUAUCGUACUGAACACCAACAGUAAUACGAAACGGGGAAAAGACAAUGAUAACAUUUCGCUUCUUGUCGUUGGAGCUGUGUUGGUAUCGCUCGCAUUGCUGGGUCCACUUCAUGUUUGUCUCGUGUUGUUUGGAGCUCCCAUUUUCGCCUAUUGGAAAGAAACAGCUUUGCUUGCUGCUCAUUUAGCAUUGGUAGCUUUUGACCCGCUCCUAGUCGAAUUCAAGUUCGACUUUGCUCGGUUGCGGGGCAUUUUUGGUACAGAUGCUGCCAUCAGGACAUUAGUAGGAAACCCCGUGGUGGCGCUGGCGCUUGGAGGCUUUGUUGGCGCCUGGUUAGGCGUGUUGCCAAUUCCUCUCGACUGGGAUCGCCCAUGGCAACAGUGGCCUAUCACCUUGGUGGUUGGCCUGUACUUAGGGACUGUUGUCGGAGGAUUGGUUUCAUUGGUUAUGUAA